AUGGCAGCCAUUAAUCAAGCUUCAAGUUUUAUGUGUUCAACUCCCACUUCAUUCCCUUCGAAUUCGUCUUCCCGUAGAGAUAACACAAGGGCUGGUUUGAAUUUUCCGAAGAUUCGAAUAAGUAAUCCAAGUAUCAUAGCCCCGAAGAUUGUAUCAAACAUAGGUUUGGUUGAAGAAAUGGAUAAAUUUUCAAGAUUCAUACCUAAGAACCCUAGCAAAAGCCCUAAAGUGUGUCGUGAUCGUGAAGUGAUGGAGAAGCUUUAUGUGAUACUGGAGGCUGUUUUGGAUCGGGUGGAGAUGCAUAAGAAUGUUGGAGAGCAAAGGAAUGAUUGGAACAGCUUGUUGUUAACCUCUAUCAACACCAUUACUCUAUCUGCUGCAACCAUGGCUGGCAUUGCUGCUGCUGUAGCUACAACACCUGGUGCACCUAUGGAAGUUUUGAAACUGUCUUCUAGUUUCAUGUAUUUGGCAGCCACUGGGUUGUUGGUUAUCAUGAACAAGAUCCAACCUUCCCAACUCGUUGAAGAACAACGAAACGCUGCAAGAUUGUUCAAGCAACUCGAGAGCGAAAUCCGGACAAAAAUUGCUAUAGGCAAUCCUACUCUUGGUGAUGUGAAUGAAGCCAUGAAGAAAGUUUUGGCUAUAGAUAGAGCCUACCCUCUUCCUUUACUUGGUGUCAUGCUCGAAAAGUUUCCAGCCAAAGUCGAACCCGCGGUUUGGUGGCCAGAAAAACGAAGGACGUCCGCUAAUAAACACCAAAAUGAUAAAAACGGUUGGAGUGUCGAAUUGGAAGAGGAGAUGAGAGAUAUCAUUAGGGUUUUGGAGGUGAAAGAUAAAGAUGAUUAUUUGAGGUUGGGCAAAAAGGCUUUGAAACUCAACAAAGCUUUAGCCAUAGCUGGUCCUCUACUAACAGGCUUAGGAGCCAUUGGUUCAGCCUUUCUUGGAUCCUCUCCUCAUGAUUCAUGGGCCGUGGUGCUCGGAAUCAUGGCUGGUGCGAUGGCAAGCGUUGCGAAUACCGUGGAACAUGGUGGGCAAGUAGGGAUGGUGUUCGAGAUGUAUCGAAGCAAUGCAGGGUUCUUUAAGAUGAUGGAGGAAUCCAUAGAAUCAAACUUGAAGGAAAGAAAUGAGGAGAGCAGGGAGAAUGGUGAAGUGUUUGAGAUGAAGGUGGCUUUGCAGCUUGGAAGAAGCUUAUCUGAGCUUAGAGAUGUUGCAGCUUCAUCUUCAAAGAAAGGGAAAGACAUUGAAGAGUUUGGAAGCAAGCUUUUCUAGCUGAUUCAUUCAUUAUGAAUAUAGCUUAAUCAAUCUCUUAAUUACUUUAUUCAUU